GUUCACGCACUAUGUUUACAAUUUUGAAAAUUUGACAAUAUUUCAGCUGUCAUUCUUCUCCAGUAUAACGUUGUUCACACCAGACGUUUGUAUGCAUGCCGUUACAUUUUUUGUUGUCAAAGCAAAACUUUUGUAUAGACACAUUCACCUUACAGCAAUCCCGUUUUAACCAUGAAUUGUUUAAACUCAUGUUUCAUAACUUAGGAAGAUUAAUGGUUCCAUAAUAAAUAUCUGCUAUAAGAAUAAGUCAAGUUUUUGCUGGAAUACACAUUAUUUCUGAUUGUUACAGAGUUAUUAAAGUGUCACCAACACUUUGGUUAUUUGAAACAGAAUUUAUUAUGCAAUUCAACAGAUAAAACAUAAGUCGGCGUUAAAUUUGAAAGUAUUGAUUAGAACGGAAAGAAUCAUUAGAUUUAUUUCAGUGAACAUAAAUUGAAAUGAGUAAGUGUUUAGCUUGAGAGUUUAAGACGGGACUAGGAUAGACUGACACUAAGUGUUUGAAAUGGAGGAGGAGGAAGAGAGAGUUCGAUAUGAGGAGGAGGAAGUGACAACUAUUCACCGGAAGACGAUUCGUACCCAUAGUACCACGCGGAAGAAGAAACGAAGUGAUGCUAAAAACUGUCCCGGGAAGACGGAAAUCAAACUAAGUCCGUUUAUUCAUGGUGCUAAGAAUAAAGACUCAUACACGUCUAGUACGCCGGAUUUGUCCAAGCGACCUGAUAGGGUGCACAAACUUGUGCAAGAUACAUUAAACGAGUAUAAAGGCUCUGAAUUACCACAGAUAUCUUCGAACCGAAUAUUUCUCGGUGCGUUUGAUUCGGACGAUGAUGAAGAUGAAAAUAGCAUUGAAGACAUUUCUAAUGAGACGAACAAAACUGAAAUAUCAAAACUUCAUGUAUGGAGUUUCAAGAAAACCGGCAGAGUGGGUCUUGAUAGGUUUAGAAGGAUCGUGGACUUUGUGAUACUUGCUCAAAACGUCUUCACAUGUCGGCGUACAGUGAAUCUCAAUCGGAGGGACAGUAUUUUGUUCUUCAUGGACCGACAGGGUACGGCUGACAUGGAAGGUUGUGAGUCCGAGCCUAAGUUCGACCUAAGUUCCUUUAAGAGUUUAGGACAGAAAACUAAGAUGGAAAUGGUGAAAAAUUUGUCUAAAAAGCCCCGCCUUAAAAAGGACAAUGGACAAAUUAAUAAAGGGUAA